CUUUCUUAUUUCUCUAUUUUAAUAUUUACACAUUCUUAAAUAUGACUCGCUUUGCCCAAUUCGCAGCCGUUGCGCUCUCUCUCGCCGCUCCGGCGCUGGCGUCGUGCGACUACGGAACCCAUCUUAACCCCCGAAGCGAAUCUGUCCCCAUCAGCACCUUUGGCUACACCGGACUCACUGGACCUUUGAACUGGUUCGGCCUCAAUGAAACGGCCAACAAGCUGUGCGCCACCGGCAAGAACCAGUCGCCCAUCAACUUGGAUUCUUCCAUCACUACCGCCCAUGGAAGCUCCGUCACCUUCAAGGUUGAUGCUUAUCCCCAUGGCGCCGAGUUUGAGAACCUCGGCACUACCGUCGAGGUGCCCGUCAAUGGCUCGCUCGUGGCCGAUGGCAAGUCGUAUAAGCUGGCUCAGUUCCACUUCCACACUCCUAGCGAGCAUCGUGUGGAUCUUGAGUACUUUCCCAUGGAGGCACACUUUGUCUUUUCAGCUGCAGACAAGUCCACCGCUGUUGUCGGUUUUCUGAUCAACCUCGGACUCAUUCCUGAUCCUCUUCUGGCCUCGGUGUUCGCCUCCGUCGGCAUGAUUGCGACUCCUGGCUCGACCACCAGCACAGGCCCUCUUGUGUUUGGUCCUCUUGAGAACCACCUCAACUCAAACACCAUCUUCAAGUACUCUGGCUCUCUGACCACCCCUCCUUGCUCCGAGGGUGUCUCAUGGUACAUCAGCACCAAGCCCCUGACGAUUGACGAAAUCACCUAUCAGCGCGUCAGGGAUGUGGUCAAGUUCAACUCUCGUUACACACAAAACUCCCUUGGCGAGAUCAAUCUGCUCCAGAAUGCUGCCAAUGAGCUCUAAAUAAGCUUUUGGCACAGGGGCAGGUGUAUUUUUGUAUAUGUACGCAUCAGUGUUGAUCAUUGAUGUCUGAGCGAUUAGAUUGACAUAUUCUGGUGUUAUAUAAGAAGCGGGCGUGUAUAGUAGAUGGUUGCGAAGAGGUGGUUAGAGUUGUUUGAACUAAAGAAAUACAAGUAGGGCAUAUACCCGUAUAUAC